AUCGAGUAGUCUAGAACUAGUAAUUCUCAGCUCGACUUGUAGAUAAGCAAUUGUAGUCCUAGGCGUGGACAGUAUUGUUUGUCUGGCAUCGGUAGUCAGGUUGUUAGUCAAGAUGGUUCCUUCGUGGAUAAAGCUGGCAGUUCUGGUCGCGUUGAUCUCUAUCCAUGUAGAUGCCAUAUUCCUAUCUUCAUGUUUUGGAUGUACGUGCAUCGACGGUAGCAGGAAGAAGAUUGAUUGCAGCAGUCGUCACCUGACAGCUGUACCCGACGGUGUGAAAAACCAAAGCGACAUUUACGAAAUAAACCUGUCAGGUAACAACCUGACCCAUAUAAGACGAUCCGAUUUCUUAGGUACCACUGCAAAAUAUGUCGAUCUAAGCAACAAUGUCAUCACAGCCAUAGACGACGACGCUUUUCUUCGCACACCUGAUAUAGAAAUCCUUGAUCUUCAUAACAAUAUGCUUUCUGCCUUACCAGUGGCCUUAAACAAGCUUACAAAGAUUAACACUCUUGAUGUGAGGGAUAAUCCUCAUGGUUCUCAGCCUCCUAUUAGCCUGACAAACUCCAUCAUGAAGGAGAUGGGGGAUACCAUUCAGACGUUCCAGUUUGGGCACUCUCGUCUUGAUAGUUGGCCGCAAACUAUCGAUCACUUUCAGGACCUACUGGAUCUGACCUUGGACCAUUCAAGUGACCAACUAGAGGUCAUCCCACCAAGGGCCUUUCACUCAUUUAAAAGUACCUUGUUAAAAUUGACCAUCAAGAAUACAAAACUGAAAGCCGUUCCACUUGGUGUUAGCUCCCUGCGGCGUAUUGAAGAGUUCCAUUUCGAUAGCAAUUUAGACGUUGGCAACGAAGGUGUAGUAGCACAGGCAUUCUUUCGUGAAGACAGCUCACUGAAAACGCUCAGUCUCAUCAAUGAUAACCUCACGCGAUUUCCACGUGCACUGGCGUACAUUUCAAACCUCCAAAGCUUAGAUAUGAGUCAUAAUCGCCUGGAUUUCAUCAGUGACGAAUCAGUCGGUGACUUGAGGAUCUCUAAUUUGACGAUGCAAUACUGCAAUCUAGACAGAAUCCCAGGUGCCCUUUUCCACCUAAACGGGCUAAAGCGAUUGGACAUGUCGCAUAACAACCUGGUAACGGUAGAAAACAAUGACAUCCAAAAUAUUCUGCAAGUCAGCAAUCUCACACUUUCAUACAACCCGAUAAAAUUCAUAUCGAACACUGCUUUUGGCAACCACAGUGAAUUGAAACAUGUGGAUUUAAGUUCUACAAAGCUCACUGCCAUUCCUGAGGCAUUCAACACAACCCAUGUCGACAAAAUCAACUUGAAAGAUAGCCCAGUUGAUUGUAUGUGCGACUACGUCUGGGUACACGAAAGCAUCGACAACUUUCAAGGAUGUUGCAACAAUAUUGAGGAAUCCAUCGGCGCCUAUGUUAAAUAUUAUGUACCACUUUGUCCAGAGUAUAUAGAAAAAUACGGACGUGACCCCUCAGCCAGCAGCUCCCCGCAGGCUCACCCAACAGUCGCGGGCAAGCAUUGUAAAGAUCUAAUCAACUGAAGAAAAGCUUUAUGAUUAUUUUCACGUUUUCUCAUAAAAAGGUUACGUUUCACGUUGCAAUUUAUGUACAUGAAAAGUCAAGAAAGUAAAUAAAAAAAGGGUUAUUCUU